CCAAAACCAUCCACACACACUGCACCAUCCCCCAUCCCCAUCGCCACCAAAUAAAUAAACCAAAAAAUCAAAUCCUAUAUAUAUAGCAAGAUCCCACAUGCCCAACUUAAUUCCAACUCUAUUUCCUCCUCUCUCUCUGUCUCUUCCAUACUUCUAGAGAGAGAGACACAGAACCAACCACAAAGGAAGAAACCCUAAAAAGAAAAAGAAAAAAAUUAGAUCCUCCCCAUGGCCAUGGAGUGGGUUCGUGGUGAAGCAGUCGGCCGUGGAAGCUUUGGGUCUGUAAAUCUAGCAAAACCCAGAAAACAGGGCACUCGGUUUCCUCAACUGAUGGCCGUGAAGUCAUGUGGGUCGUCACGCUCUGCUUCCCUCAUGAACGAGAAAUCCGUGUUGGAACAGCUUAGCGAUUGCCCGCAAAUCAUCCGGUGCUUCGGCGGCGAUUCCAGCUUCGAAAGCGGCGAGAAGCUGUUUAAUCUGCUGUUGGAGUACGCUUCGGGCGGCAGUUUGGCCGAGAGAGUCAAGAAUUCCGGUGACCGCCGGUUGCCGGAAUCCGAAGUCCAGCGAUACACUCGGUCGGUGUUGAGAGGGCUUUGUUACAUUCACAAGAAUGGAUUUGUUCACUGCGAUGUGAAGCUUCAGAACAUCCUCCUCUGUUCUGGCAAUCAAAACGACGUCGCGAAGAUAGCCGACUUCGGGCUUGCGAAGAGAGCCGGAGAGAGAGUCGGGUUCGAGAUGAGAGGGACGCCGCUGUACAUGGCGCCGGAGACCGUUUCCGCCGGCGAGAUUGAACCGCCGGCGGACGUUUGGGGGUUGGGGUGCUUGGUGGCGGAGAUGGUCACCGGAGCUCCGGCGUGGCGGUGCUCGCCGGAUGAUGACGUUUGCAAGCUAAUGAUGAGGAUUGGGGUGGGCGAUCAAAUUCCGGAUAUUCCGGGGAACAUGUCGGCCGAGGGGAAAGAUUUUCUGGAGAAGUGCUUUGUGAGGGACCCUGCGAUGAGAUGGACGGCUGAGAUGCUUUCGAACCAUCCGUUUGUGGUUGAUCAAGAUCAUGAUGAUGACGAUCACACUGUUCCAUUGGACGACAAGUGUGAGCCUUCCACUUCGGGAUCGCCUACGGGGCCGUUCGAUUUUCCCGGUUGGGAGUCGCCUUGUUCAAUUACUACUUCUUUGCCCUCACGCGAGUAUUCUUGGGAAACCGACGCGUGGUCGUCUUCAAGUGAAUCAAACUUGGCGUCGGCUUCGUCGCGGGCAGAGAGGCUGCGGCAGUUGGCGACGGAGGGGAGGCCAGAUUGGUCUGUUUCGGAGGGUUGGGUUGCAGUGAGGUAGUCGUUUAGAUUGGGAAUAUUCAGAAGAUUUUUUUGGGGGGCAGAUAUUAGUACAGUAUUUGACCAUGAGAUAUUAUUUGAUUCUUUUAGUUUAUUUUUUGUAAAUACUACUCCGUAGUGGUGAAAGAGGUUGGUUUAGAAUCUAGAGAGAUAGAGAGGAGGGUUCCAACUUGGAAGUGGGAGCCUGGAGAUUUUUACAACUUGGCUCGGCUCAGUUUGUAAAGUGAUUUUCUAAAGGGCAAUUGAAACCAUAUUUUAUUUA